CUCAUUUGGUGACCCCAGUUAUCAGAGUGACUGACGCGAGACAGUGAAGGAAGCGUUGAGCCUGUGACACCUUGCCGGGACGCUAUCAUAAUGGCGAUAGUGUCGCAGUGCAAACUCUCAUGACAUGCUCGUGAUGACUUUCAUAACAAGCAAGUUGGCAGCGUGACUUGAUCCCUAGCGAAACCAAGUCCAAACCCUGUCAACUGCAGGGACGCCGGAAGGGAUAACCGACGAGCGACUCCGUGAAGCUCUUGUUUAUAAAGCUCUUGUUUUCAAAACAUCUAGAAGCUCUUGUUUUGCGAUCAACAACUAGAAGUGCAGCAUGCGCCAGCUCGUGGUUACCGUGCCGGUGGCGCGCGAGAAGGACGUCCUGGUGUGUCUCCAGGACGUGUGCAGGCUGAAGAAUGUCACUCGGCAAACGGAUGGAAUUACGUCCUCGCUCACAUGCUAUAUCGCCGCUAUGGAGUCGGGUGUCAUCCUGCACGAGCUGGACAAGGUGGGCUGCGGCGCCGCGUACGGCAAGGUGGCGAUGCUGGCCGUGCACCUGCUCAAGCCGCUGCCCAACAUGCGCGACCGGCACCUCACGGAGCUGGUCAAGGAGCAGACCACCUGGCGCCUGCAGGGCCGCAUGGCCACCGAGGAGAUCUACACCAACGUGGCCUCCGGCACCGACCUGUCCUUUGACUACGUGGCGUUCACCGUGGUGGCGGCCGUCAUUGCGGGGAUCGGCCUGGCCACCAACAACUCAGUCAUGAUUGUGGCCUCCAUGCUUGUGUCGCCGCUCAUGGGGCCCAUCCUGGCCAUCAGCUUCGGAACCAGCGUGAAGGACUGGUACCUGCUGUCCCAGGGCCUGUUGGCGGAGGUGGUGGGUGUGGCGGUCACCUUCAUGACGGGCCUGGUCAUUGGGUUCAUAUGCUGCGCCUGGACCGCACCCAGCAACGACUACGAGUGGCCGACAGCCGAGAUGGCGUCACGAGGCUCGGUGUCAAAUCUGCUCGUGGGUUUCUUCUUCGCGGUGCCCUCAGGCGCCGGCGUGGCUCUGUCCACAACCCAGGGCGGCGCCAACGCACUGGUGGGAGUGGCCAUCGCCGCCUCGCUGCUGCCGCCGGUCACCAACACCGGCAUCUGCCUGGCCUACGCCAUGGCCGGCGCCUUCCGCACUGGCCGCAGCGCCGGCGACUUCGCCUACAUGGGGGGCAUCAGCUUCUGCCUGUUCCUGAUCAACGUGGUGUCCAUCUACCUGGUCUGCAUAUUCCUGUUCUGGGUCAAGCGUGUGCAAGGCGUGCGCAAGCAGCUUAUCCGCUACAAGGACAUGCCCGUCAUUGACCCCGAGACCGGCUGCACAGAGCCGCUGGCGGCACCAAUCAAGGGCAAUGCUCACUCGCCACACCUGCCCACAACUAAGCCCGGGGUUCACCACCUCACGCAUCGCGCUGCCGUGCACACCACGGAACACGUGGCGCAUGGACACGUGGCCGCUGGCGCACACCCCGACCCGCACCUCACCCCCGUCGCGGGCGGCAUGGCGGUGGCGGCCGUGGCGGCGGCGCACGCCGAUGGCCAACAUAACGCGUCUUCGUUGACGAUGGCGGCGGUGGGGAUGGCCACCUUUGCGGCGGCGUCCAUUCAGCGCGGCGCGGUUGACCGCAAGGUGGUGGAGCUGACGGCGGCGGCGGCGGGCGACAGUGCGGGGCAUGUGGUCAUCCAGAUAGACGGCUCUGGCGCACCGCACCCCCUCGCGGACGCCCUAUCUCGCGUCUCGGUCACCGCCGCCUCUGCUGCCGCGGCCGUGACCGUAACCGCCGGCGCAGCCGCCGCCGCCGUGGGUAGCGCCGCGGGCGGGGCGCUGAGCUCCGUAGCCCACCCGGCCGCGAGGGAGGACAGCACAUUCGGCCCCAUGCCCGCAAUCAUGGGCGGAGGCAACACGCCGCCCAACACGAGCAACAGCAGCGUGCUCAGCGCGCCCGCCGGCGGCCGCACCGCUGGCAGCGUCAUCGCAAGCGGCCGCGGCGACCGCGCCAUCAGCGCCGGCAGCCGCGGCGGUGGCGUCAGCGGCACCAGCGGCAGCACCUACGUCGUCGACAGUGCGUCCAAGCUGCACGGGCUGCUGCGCACGCUGACGCAGCAGAGUGGCAAGCUGGCGUCCUCCGCCACCGGUCGCAGCCGCCACGGCUCUGGCAGCAAGCGCAGCACACGCACCGGCAGCAGCAGCAGCAACAGCAACAGCAACAGCAACAACAAGGAUGUGCACGGCGGCCCGCCGCAACGCUCCGGCCGCAGUGUGGCGCGCCGCGGCUGGGCCAAGGUGCAGCGGGUGGUGCUUGUGGACACGGCGGCCGUCCACGCGGCGGCGCUGCAGCUAGAGCAGGAGUGGCGUGCGGCGGAGGCGCGGGCGGAGGCGCAGGCGGAGGCGCAGCACAGGGCAGCGAACCCGCCGGCGGCACAGGCCGCGGCACCGGCCGCGGAGCGGGUACAGGUGGAAAAGAAGGCGACGGGGAAGGAGCAGGGAGAUGUAGAGGGGGAUGGCAGCGAGGAAGAGGGGUGGGAGGAGGUGCUGCAGGAGGGCGCGGACGGGCCGGCGCAGCAGCUGGGCGGGUCGCUGGAGGACGUGGAGGAGGGAGAUGAGGCGGCGGCAGAGCCCGAGCCGGCACAACAGAGCAGCACGGCGGGCAAGGUGGCGUGACCUCUCAAGCCUUAGCACGCACGUGUCCGUGACCGCCCGUUUGUAAGGUUUACAUCAACGUUGUUGGGUUGGAAGUUUGGGGCGCGGAGCUUAUCUUGUUGCUACUGACUAGGCCGAUAGAAAGACAGGUGCUCAACCUGCAGCUUGAGUUUGUUACUGGGCAGGGAUGUAAACAUGCAGGGAUUGUUGCACCACUAGUUUGCGAUGAAGGGCCGCGCACAAAGCGUCAUCAUAGGCAUGUGUCCCACAUACACGGAAUGCGGUAUGGGCGGUUGCGCACAUGGACUUAGGGCCAUGAAGGUUGGAAUUGCGGUGCAACAUUUGGGAAAUGCGCCUUUGUGUUACAUGGGGAUCAUUCGGGUUUGUGAGCCCUGUAGCGUGACCAUGUACCUGCGUAGUGCAUGUUAGAGGCUUCGAAGCGCCUGAAGAAGAUGCGGCCCUGGGUCAUUGACAGUCCCAUGUGCAGGAUUGACUUGUAUCGUCUGGGGCAUACCGGCAGCUGGCAUUGAAGAGAGUGACACGCACUGGCUUAGAAGACUGGUGCGUACGUGGCAGAAACCACUGCUCCAGCCAGGGGUGCUGGCUCCAGCAAUGCAGAAGGGUGCAGAAGUGCAUCGCAAACUGCUUCUGGCAGCUCGGCUGUUGCCACGUCGACUGACGGUGUCAGCAUGUUGACCUUGUGCCGUGAAUUCAUGAAACGGUAUUGGUGCCAGUAGUACUGAGUAACGCGCGGCUGGAGCCACUGUUGCCCGUUGUGGCGUAGGGCUGGUGGUGGAGGCAGUGGGGGCACGUGCAGUUGGGCUGCAGGGCCAAGUGGCGCGGCCACAGGCCUCAGGAGCGGGGGGAUGAUCGAUAUGCAUGCAUGGCAGGAGGCCUGAGGACAGACCACCUUGGGAAGAAGCGAGUCGCGUGAAGCAGUAGGUGUUUGGUUAUGUGCAAAAAGGGAGCCGGUGGGCCUUCAUAGCACGUGUUGGAUGCAGGUAGGCAGCAGGGAAGGAGCAGGGAAGGGAAGGAGUGUGGCGGCAGUUCACGUUAGUUGGUGUUGCGCCCUAUUUGGUUUGGCGCCUUUGGCUAGACCAUAGGCAUAGCAAAUGUCAAGUGACAAGACAUAUAUGUGCUGUAGGUUUGUGGUACAAAGUUGACUGGGGCGUGGGGAGCAAAGUAGGCAUGAGGGGAGAGGCGGAGGCGCUGGCAGAUCGCGGGAGG